UAAAUAGCACAGCAGAGCUCCGCCCCCACCCCCCCCCUCUUCUCUCCUCCGGAGCCGGCGCUGUGCCCGGGGCGCACCGGGAGGAGGGACCAGGAUCCAGCGCUGGGGCGCAGAUACUGACACCAAGGGAAUCCGGGUGCCCCCCCACGCCAUGUGGGCCCCCAGGUACCCGGCUCCUUCACCCCGGAGGCCCCCAUGGCCCCGGCCUCAAUCCUGGCCAGUCAAAGAUUAUGCGGACAUUCAGGUCCCAAAUGCAAGCUGCUUCCUUCCCCCCACUCAAUUUUUGGGGAUGUGGCAAUCUAAAAGAGGGAUAGGCUUUACCACCAAGACCUCAGGCCUCUCCCAACCACCACCCCCACAUUCCUAGCCAUCUUCGUCAGGUCCCAUUCCCGGCUCCAUCGGUGCUUUCGCCCGAGCCGCAGCUAUGCUGCACACCGAGGGCCACGCUCUUCUUCGGGCGGUGGGUCAGGGUAAGCUGCGCUUGGCCCGUUUGCUUCUGGAGGGAGGAGCCUACGUGAAUGAGGGUGAUGCCCAAGGGGAGACUGCGCUAAUGGCGGCCUGCAGGGCCCGCUACGACGACCCUCAGAACAAGGCGCGUAUGGUACGCUACCUCCUGGAGCAAGGCGCGGACCCCAACAUCGCAGACCGUUUAGGACGCACCGCGCUCAUGCACGCUUGCGCCGGGGGUGGGGGGGCCGCCGUGGCCUCUCUGCUCCUGGCCCACGGCGCAGACCCCUCAGUCCGAGAUCACGCUGGCGCUUCGGCGCUGGUCCACGCCCUGGACCGCGGGGACCGCGAGACCCUUGCCACGCUGCUGGACGCCUGCAAGGCCAAGGGCACGGAGGUCAUCAUCAUAACCACGGAUACCUCGCCCUCGGGCACCAAGAAGACCAGGCAGUAUCUCAAUUCCCCACCGUCCCCGGGGGUAGAGGACCCUGCACCGGCUCCUCCUAGUCCAGGGGUCUGCACGUCGCCUUCCGAAGUCCAACUGCAGACUGCAGGAGGAGGACGGGGGUUGUUGUCCCCUCGCGCCCAGGAAGAAGAGGAGAAAAGAGACAUAUUUGAAUUCCCUCUUCCUAAGCCCCCUGAUGACCCUUCCCCUUCCGAGCCUCUCCCCAAGCCGCCUCGACACCCUCCAAAACCACUCAAAAGGCUCAACUCCGAGCCCUGGGGCCUUGUGGCGCCUCCUCAACCGGUCCCUCCCGCCGAAGGGAGACCGGGGAUGGAGCGCCUGGCCGCGGAAUUCAACGGCCUGACCCUGACCGGCAGACCGCGUCUUUCUCGGCGUCACAGCACCGAAGGCCCGGAGGACCCGCCUCCAUGGGCGGAGAAAGUGACGGGCGGGGGUCCCCUCUCGCGCCGAAACACAGCGCCCGAGACUCAGGAGUCUGGUCUGCCUUCAGGGCUCCGGCAAAAACUGAGCCGCAUGGAGCCGGUGGAGCUCGAUACCCCUGGACACUUUUGCCCUGACUCGCCCGAGUCCAGCCGCUUGUCCCUGGAGCGCCGGCGAUACAGCGCCUCUCCGCUGACCCUCCCUCCCGCGGGCUCAAUCUCUUCCCCACGCCAGUCCCAAGAAAGUCUGCCCGGGGCUGUAUCCCCGCUGAGCGGACGCAGGCGGAGUCCCGGGCUGCUAGAGCGAAGGGGCUCCGGGACCUUGCUCCUGGACCACAUCUCGCAAACGCGACCCGGUUUCUUGCCUCCUCUCAACGUCAGCCCCCACCCUCCCAUCCCCGACAUUCGCCCCCAAGCCGGAGGUCGGGCACCCUCACUGCCCGCCCCUCCUGGGGCACCAGGGUCUCCCAGGACCAAGCGCAAGUUGGUGAGACGCCACUCCAUGCAGACUGAGCAGAUUCGCCUGCUAGGGGGUUUCCAGAGUCUAGGCGGGCCGGGGGAACCAGGGCGCUGAGAGAAGUCAGAGAGGCACCGAGGAGGGGAAGGGUCAGGACCCCGAUGGCAGGAGAACCAGUUGAUACCUCUGACACGGGAUCUCUUGCAUGUGCUCACGGCACUGUGCACGCACACAUGGGUAAGCAUGUGUCCACAAGCACAGUACACUUACUAGCCAGGAAGGAUAAAUACUGUGUUUACUGGGCGUAUAGACCCACGCAUUCGUGCCCUGGUCAUUUCACACGCACACGGGAUUACUUGGGUACCCAGAGGCACAGCACACCAACAAAUAGAGGACCACUUGUGCUAGGGUCCCAGGCUCCCUGGCCUUUAUUCGGAAGCAGCAGGGAGCCCCCACUUGAGGCUGGUCUCCUGGAUCUUUGCUCUCCUGAAAAAGCAAUCCCUUGCUUUCUAUGUAUGCCCGGAGACGUGGCCUAUCAUACUCUCGCAUACUCUAUUUUCUCUUCACGAGUAUCUCACCCCGUUCUGCAGGUCUUGCUUCUCCAUGCCUGGCUCCUUGCUCACACCCGGCAUCCAUCCGCUUUUCAGGAUGUCUUCUUCUCUUUUCUGAGGCUCCAGCAGCAGCUCCCGGUCUCGGUUCUGUUGCUGCCUCUCAUGCCCUCAACUUCCGGCUUUUUCUUCCCACCUGCUCCCCCGACCCACCCAACACACACCACUAGGGACCGCCUUGUUGACCCCAGGGGGUGGGUCAUGGGCUCUAAGUUGCUCUUCUGUGUGUCUGAGCUUAUGAACACCCCUACAGGUAGAAGUGGGGAGGAAGCCCAAGUCAGUCCUCUUACCACUUGAAAUGUCAAAUAAAUGUGUUCCGAAGUCUC